CUGUUUAGUUGGCCUAAUAAAGAUAUCAUAUCUAUUCAUAACUCUUUCUGCCUGGGUCAAACGAGAAGGUUUGUGGACUCCUGCCUCCUUCCAUACACAGAAUGGAUCUGAUCUGGGGAUGAACCACAGUUGUGCAGAAAAUUAUCUUCUCUAGGACGUCUGACUCAUUUGUUGUGUGUAUCGUCUGAGGCACCUAAGAACACCAUAAUGGAACUCCACGACUUCCUCAGUGGAGACCACAUUAACAAAAUGAAUGACGCAGAAAUGAACUCCACAGAUUAUCCAUACACCAUAGAUUAUGAAGGACUUAUAGAACCAUGUAACAAGCAGGAAGUCAGAAACUUCACAAAAGUAUUUUUUCCAGUCACAUACUCACUGAUCUGUGUCGUGGGCUUUAUCGGUAAUGUCUUUGUAGUGAUGACCUUUGCUUUAUAUAAGAACCAUAAGUCUAUGACAGAUGUAUACCUCUUCAACUUGGCCAUAGUUGAUUUAUUGUUUGUUCUCACUCUCCCAUUGUGGGCAAUGAGUUAUGCUGCUGACAAAUGGAUCUUCAAUGAUGUCAUAUGCAAAAUGACCAGAGGUAUCUAUGCUAUCAACUUCAAUUGUGGCAUGCUGCUUUUGGCCUUUAUCAGUUUGGACCGAUAUAUUGCCAUUGUACAAGCAACAAAGUCAUUUAAACUUAGGGCAAGAACCUUAGCAUACAGCAAACUGAUCUGCUUGGUUGUGUGGGUAUUCUCAAUUUUAAUCUCGACCUGCACUUUCAUAUACAGUGAAAGCUAUAGCAUUUUUCUGAAUGAUACAACAGAGAUUUGCGAACUCAAAUUUAGUAAAGAAGUAAACAGCACUGCACUGAAAUUAAUGCUCAUGGGUAUACAACUAGCGUUUGGCUUUUUUAUCCCCCUGCUCUUUAUGAUUUUUUGCUAUGCAUUCAUUGUCAAAACCUUAGUGCAAGCUCAGAAUUCCAAAAGAAGCAAAGCAAUACGUGUAAUUUUAUUAAUUGUAGCUGUUUUCCUGGUUUGUCAAGUACCCUAUAACAUAGUUCUUCUUAUAACAGCCACAAAUAUGGGCAAAUUAAAUAGAAGAUGUGAUAGCGAAAGGCAUAUAAGUUAUGCAAAAUGUAUUACUGAAACUGUGGCAUUCUUGCAUUGUUGCUUGAACCCCGUGCUCUAUGCAUUUGUUGGGGUGAAAUUUAGAAAUUACUUUUUGAAGAUAAUGAACAGUCUGUGUUGUAUAGGAUUCAAGAAAUACAAAACAGCCAAUUCAAGGAUAAGUUCUGAUAUCUAUCACUCAAGGCAGACAAGUGAAAUUACGAGUGAUAAUGUAUCAUCCUUUACUAUGUAAUACAAGUAAUAUUCUAAGCUUUUAUUUUUCUCAUCCAGCAACUCCAGCCAAUCCUAUUUUUCAUGUUACAGCUAGCAAUUAUGACUAUUUUACACCAAAAAUGGUAGUUCCUAUGAUCAUGAUAGCUCCCUCCAUCAAAACUAUUAAUAAAAACAAAAGAAUAACUCUACUGUAUGGAAAACUCAUUUAUUAAUCAUCUGCCUAACUAACAUUCAUGCUGUUCUUCAAUACAUGCAUUUAUCAUUCUUAGGAAAGCAAG